AUGGGUGCGACAGGAGGCAGGGUGGCAUACACAGGCAUGCUGCAGUGCAUGAGGAGCAUUGUGAGGGAACAAGGUGUCAAGGGGCUGUACCGAGGGGUGGUGCCGUCGUGUGCCAAGAUGAUGCCGGCUGCUGGCAUCUCCUUUAUGUGCUACGAGGUGCUCAAGCGCGUGCUUAUAGAGGAUGAAAAGGCUGGGCGCGGGGAAAAAGCGGGCGCGGGGAAGGCUAUGGAGGGGAAGCCUGAGGCGAUGGCGGAAAAAAACUCCGCGGACUUGGCGUUUCUGCGGGACGUGUUCGCGCAAGAGGUGCUCGUUUGGAGCAAGCUUCGACAUAAGAACAUUUGCGAAUUUGUGGGCGCGAUCAUCGGCGGACAGGAGUCGUACGAUCUGACAUCGACGGUGGAGGAUCACCAGGGGCAGUUACGCGUGGGACGCAACUUGUGCUGCUUGGUGUUGGAGUUUCUCCCCGGCGGAACGCUGAAGCAGCUCUUAGCGAAGCAGAGCAAGAAGAAGAAGCGGCUGCCGUUGAAACGCGCGUUGCAUCUCGCGUUGCAAGUCGCGGAAGGCCUGCGCUACCUGCAUGCGCGCAACAUAGUACACCGCGAUCUCAAGACGGAUAAUCUGCUGCUCGACCAGAAGCUCAGGGUGGUGAAGAUUGCAGACUUUGGCGUGUCGAGGGUGGAGCCGGGGGAUUGCUCCAUGAAGCGCCGCACUGGCACCUUCGGAUACAUGGCACCCGAGGUGCUCAAGGAGCAGCCAUACGACCACAAGGCGGACGUAUACAGCUAUGGCGUUGUGCUGUGGGAGAUAGUCACGUGUGGUAACCCGUUUCUCUUCGAGGGACUCAAGCCCGAGCAAGUCUGCUGCAUGGUCAACCAGGGUCUGCGUCCAGACGUCCCCUCAUGGUGCCCGCCUGCCCUCGCAGACCUCAUGCGCCGCUGCUGGCAUCACAUGCCCGCCCGCCGCCCGGAUAUGAGCGAGGUGGUGGAGCGGCUGCGUGUCCUCACCCUGCAGUGUGCACCUGCCGUACUUUGGUCGGACCCGUUGACUUUCCAUGCUUUUCCCUUUUCCGGCAUCUCCCGUCUCUCUCGCCAUGUUCGCCCGCCAUUUCCCGCCCGCAGUCCUUCCGCCCGCCCUGAUUGCGCGCUGCACGCGCUUAAGCUGCCGUUUGCGGGAGGCGGAGACGAGGAGCGCACGCGGCAGAGCGGCGUUAGCGGUGGUGCAGCAGCGGGGCUCGUAGAGAACUUACCCGCUGGCGGGGUUGAACGAGAGAGCAGGACUCUUGUCGGUGGGCAAUUCACGCGGCGCGAUUCGACUUUUCCAACGACGCGAGCAGCAGCAGCGGAGGAGCAACGCGAGCCGCGCGGGCGGUCGGAGGCGGAGGUAGCGGCGAUGGAGGCGCGAGUGGAGGAGGUGCGGAAGCAGGUGGAGACGGAGAGGGAGGGGAGGGAGGCGGCGGAGACGCAGCAGGCGCGGCUGAAGGCGGAGGUAGCGGCGAUGGAGGCGCGAGUGGGGGCUCUAAGUGAACAGGCGGAGGCAGAGAGGGAGAGUAGGGAGGCGGCAGAGGCGCAGCAGGGGCGGCUGGAGGCGAGAGGGGGAGCUGCGGAAGCAGCCCUCCUCCUACAGCACCCAUGGCAUCACCUGUUGAGGCGCCCCAAAAGACCUUCUGCUAUGGCACCUAUGGCAUCACCUGGCCCUCUUCCCUCCCUCUUGCUUCCCCUGGCCCUCCUCAAAACCCUCUGUGCAGAGGAGGCGGCAGUGCUGGCGCAACAGGCGCUCGACCUGAGAGCUGCACUGCAGGCAGCAGAGGCGGAGAGCAGGAGAGCGGCGGCAACGACUGCUGCUGCUGAGAGGGAGAGGGACGAACUAAGGCGAGAGGUGGAUGAGGUGAGAGCAGUGCAGAUGGGAGAGGUGCAGUUGCUGCAGAGGGAGAGAGAUGAGGCGAGGCGAGAAGUGGAGGAGGCAAGAGCAGUGCACUUGGGGGCGGUGCAGUUGCUGCAGAGAGAGAGGGACGAACUGAGGCGAGAGGUGGAUGAGGCGAGGCGAGAGAUGGAUGAAUUGACGUUACUACAGAUGAAGGAGGUUCAAACGCUGCAGAGGGAGAGGGAUGAGGCGAGGCGAAAACUGGAGGAGGCGAGAAGGGAGAUGAAUGAAGUGAGAUCACUGCGAUUGGAAGAGGCACAGCAGGUGCAGAGGGAGAGGGACGAGGUGAGCAGAGAAAGGGACGUGGUGAGGCGAGAGGUGGAAGAGGCGAGGAGGAAGUUGGAUGAAGUGGGAUUGUUGCGAAUGGAAGAGGUUCAAACGCUGCAGAGGGAGAGGAAUGAGGCGAGGCGAGCACUGGAAGAGGUGAGGAGGGAGAUGAAUGAAGUGAGAUCACGGCAGUUGAAGGAGGGGCAGGCGGUGCAGAGGGAGAGGGACGAGGCGAGGCAAGAAAGGGACGAGCUGAGGCGAGAGUUAGUGGAGGUGAGGAGGGAGCUUGAUGAAGUGAGAACACUGCAAAUGGAAGAGGCGCAGGUGCUGCAGAGGGAGAGGGACGAGGCGAGGAGAGAAAGGGACGAGCUGAGGCGGGAGGUGGAGGAGUUGAGGAGGGAGCAGCAGCAGCAGCAGCAGCAGCAUGAGCGUGGGGAGUCUCGGUCGGGCAGCAACACGCCGCAAGUUUUCGUGGAUCUGCGGUCUUUGCACCUGCCCUCACUGGAUGCUGCACGGAGCAGCAGCAGAAGCAGUGUGGUGGCACGGGCCGAUGGCACGGGAACAGUGGGGACAGAGGGCAAGAGAGGGAUGGGAGGAGAGAGCAAGAGAGAAUUUGCAGCAGCAGAAACAGCUGCGGAGGUGUGUGGUUUGCUGAAGGCUGCAGCAGCGGCUGUUGCAGCAGCAGGGGGGAACAGGCAGGCUAGCAGUGAUGCACAGGCACUGCUAGCACAGGCACAGGUGAUACUAUCGAAUGUGAGGGAUUCUGAAAGUUUUGGGAGUAGCAAUGCCACGUCACACCUGGUAACCCCUUCGUCCUCCUCUUCCUUCGGGCUCCCCUUGUCCUCAUCCUGCUCAUCGCCAUCCUCUUUAAAGGAUGCUGCGAGAUUGGCUGCAAGAGCAGAGAGGGAGCGGCUAGUGAGGAGAUUGGAAGAGACAGAAGCACGAUGGGAGAGGUCCCAGAAUGAGUUAAGGAGGUGUUUAGAGGAGAAAGAGGAGCUGAAGAAGGAGUUGAGUGCGGUUUUGGGGAGGGUAAUGGAAGAACGGAGGGAGUGGGCGGAGAGGAGGGAAAGGGAGAGGAGGAAGAGUGGUGAGGUGAUGGUGAUGAUGGGUGUGGUGGAGAGAGGUAGGGAGGAGGCGGAGAGGAGGAGGAGGGAUGCAGAGAGGAGGUGUGAGUGGAUGGAGAGGAGGUUAAGGGAAGCAGGGAGAAGGCUGGAGGAGAGAGGGUUGGGGGAGGGCGUUGGGAUGGGUAUGGGGGUAGGGGCUAAAGUGGAGGUGAGUGGUAAGGUGGAAGGAGAGGGUGGGAAGUUAGUGGGGAAGGGUAAGGGGAGAGAGGGGAACGAAGUGAGUGUGAGAGGAGGUGGGGAAGGGGAAUGUGAGGGUGGAGGAGGAGAGAGAGAAGUGGAGACAGUGGUCAGGGAAGGGGAGAGGAAGUUGCAUCAAGGGGGGGGAGGGGCAGGAUGGGCGGCACCAGCAAUGGCAGCAGCAGCAGCAGGCAGAAGGGCAGCAACGCGAGCAAGGGCGGAGCCGAGGGGAGCGGGUUUCAGUGUGGGCCCAGCAAAGGAGCCCGCACUACCGCCGAGAGUAUCGCCACCAUCAGGGCCGGCAUUAUCAGGACCACCACCAUCGAGGCUACCAUGCAUUGCCAAUGCCCUCUCCCUCUUCCUCCGCGUCUAG